UUUGCAACUACUAUAUUACUCCACAGUCGAAGGGAGCCGAGCUUGCUCUUCAUACACUCUCUACUCCCUCUGGUCGCCCCUCGUGUUCAUUGAUCAUGCAAACUGAAAACUUGGGCGUGUCUUCUCUCGUGGCGGUACUAUACACUGCUUGUGUAGGCACUUUUCUGUAUGUCUUUUUCAAAGGAUGGCGUGCCCGAAGCGCUUUUGUCAAACUGCGGAAGCAAGGAAUGGUAAGUGGUUCAUGAAGUACCUGUUCAAUUCCUCUGUCGUGUUGACUUAUCGUAGCCCAUGCCUCCACACAGCCUGAUAUUCGGACAUCUUCUGGCCAUUAAAAAGGUUCUAGAUAGUCUUCCCACCGGCAUUCAUAUGGUAGUAACAUUCGGCUCUAUAUCCCGCAAGUUUCCAAAAUCCGGAUUCUGUUAUCUUGAUUUAUGGCCGUUUGGAGUUCCAUUUAUGAUUGUUACCAGCCCCACGAUGGCCAUACAGGCAACGCAACAAAGUGAUCUGAUGCUGCUGAGACCGGAAGAACUGAAGCCGUGGUUUGCACCUUUAACAGGUGGUGAGAGCCUUUUCGACAUGUCUGUUGAGGCCUGGAAACCAUGGCGUGCAAUGUUCAAUCUAGGAUUUAGCGCAGCAAAUCUACUCACACACGUCCCGGGCCUGGUAGAUGAGACUUUGGUAUAUCGUGAGAUUCUUGCCGAGCACGCGAAAAAGGGGGAUGUUUUCCAACUUGACAAAAUUACUCUGCGGUUCACAAUGGAUUUGAUUGGACGUAGUGUACUGUAGGUCGACAAUCAACCACUUUCAUAUACCUUACUCAUAAAGAGAAUAGGAACACUAGACUCAACUCUCAAAGGGGUUGGAAUCCUCUCGCUGAUGCUUUGCUCAGCCAAAUAUCGUGGCAUGGGUCAAAUGAAGAAGUAAAUCCAUGGCAGCGAUGGCAUCCUCUGAGACCUUUCGUGGAGUGGCACAACAGUCGUCAAAUGAACAGGUUCAUCGGAGAUGAGUUACAAAAACGCUGGAAGCUGUACCAGGAAAAGAACGAUGAGGAGUUUAGCACUUCAAUCAUGGAUCUGGCCAUUAGGAGUUUCAUAGAAUCUCAACCUUCCGGAAGCCCCAAACCUGAGAAGCUAGACAAAGAUUUUGUCAAGGUUGCUACAAACCAGAUUCGACUUUUCCUUUUCGCGGGUCACGAUACGACAAGUAGUUCCAUAGUCUACUGCUUCCAUAUGCUCGCUCGAAAUCCCACAGCACUAAAACGCAUUCGAGAGGAGCAUGAGCUCGUCUUCGGCUCAGACAGUUCCCAAAUUCCGUCCAAGAUCUCCUCGAAACCACAUAUACUCAAUAACUUACCCUAUACUACUGCUAUCAUCAAAGAAACAAUGCGCCUAUACCCUGGGGCAUCGGGUAUCCGUGCCGGCGCUCCAGGAGUAGAUCUUGUUGACGAUGAUGGAAACAGGUAUCCAACCGAGGGUACAAAUAUCUGGAUUAUUCACCAUGGUCUUCAUCGAAAUUCCAAAUACUGGAAACGUGCCGAUGAGUUCAUUCCAGAACGCUGGCUUGUUGGUCCAGAGCAUGAACUUUACCCAGUCAAAGGUGCCUGGCGGCCGUUCGAACACGGCCCUCGGAAUUGUAUCGGUCAAGGCUUGGUUAUGUUGGAGAUCAAAACUGUGCUUGCAGUUGUCCUUGCGACACUCGAUAUUUCUCCGGCUUAUGAAGAGUGGGACAAAAUGCAUCCUUCUAAAGGCAUAGAAAUGGUUGAUAACGACCGUGCAUACCAGAUAGAGAAGUGUGGUGCUCAUCCAGCCGAGAUGUAUCCUUGUAAGGUGGCUUUCAAGAAUUAG